AUGCACUGGACCACCGCCCUCGCCGCGGCGGUGCUCGCCGCCGCCGCGCGCCCGGCCCACGCGCUGCUGCGCUUCUCGUGCUCGCAGCUCGUCGUCGACCGCAUCGACCCCCUCGUGAACCCGGACCAGGCGCCCUCGCCGCACCUGCACCAGAUCGUCGGCGGCAACGCCCUGAACCUGACCAUGGACCGCACCGGCCGGAUCCCCGAGCAGGCGACCUGCACGACGUGCACCUUUGCCGACGACUUCUCCAACUACUGGACCGCCGUGCUCUACUUCCGCGCCCGCAACGGCACCUUCCGCCGCGUCCCGCAGCUGGGCAACGUCUUCUUCGAGCAGGCCCGCCAGGGCGGCAUGAGCAUCUACUACAUCCCGACCAUCGGCAGCAUGCCCUCGGCCGGCGCCGUCACGGCCUUCAAGCCGGGCUUCCGCAUGCUCGUCGGCAACCCAAACUUCCGCACGCAGCAGGAGGCCAGCCAGUUCCGCCAGCUGACCUACACGUGCAUGCGCAACCCCAACGACCGCUCCGGCGAGACGAUGCACUUCCCGCGGCAGCCGUGCCGCGCGGGCAUCAUGGCCAACGUGCGCUUCCCGACGUGCUGGGACGGCAAGAACCUCGACAGCCCGGACCACAUGAGCCACGUCUCGUACCCGGCCGGCGGCACCUUUGAGCGCAACUCCCCCUGCCCGGCCACGCACCCGGUCAAGAUCCCGCAGCUCUUCUACGAGACCGUCUGGGACACGCGGCCCUUCAACAACAGGGCCGACUGGCCCGAGGACGGCAGCCAGCCCUUCGUCUGGAGCUUCGGCGACCCCACGGGCUUCGGCACCCACGCCGACUACGUCUUUGGCUGGAAGGGCGACGCCCUGCAAAAGGCCAUGGACUCCAACUGCGUCAGCUGCCCGCAGCUCAAGUCGCAGACCAUCCAGCAGGGCAACCAGUGCGUCAAGGAGCGCAUCGUCAAGGAGGACAUUGACGGAUGGGAAACCGCGGCAUCAGUCCCUACGAGAACACGCAAGUCACAAUUCACCACAGCUACCAAGGAUGACACUAGACGAGUCGAAGAAGGAACAGAGGGUAUCCCAAUCAUAAAAUUUUCCAAGUAUGUAACAUCAGUAUGGCAGUGGGAGUAG